UGCACCUGUAGCGUGCACGUUCAUCGUGGAUAGUAACGAUAAUUUACAGACACAUUAAAGUUUUCCAUUUAAUAUUUAUAUUGAAUAUAAUAGUCUCGUCCGUUAACAGACUAUUAAUUGUCGUGUGUAAUAAUAAAUACUUUAGUUUGGUACACGAUGGAUAUUCGGUUUAAUCCCGUUAUUUCGGUCGCCGUCGCCAUUGUUUUUGUCGUUACUUCGGCGAACGCAAAUAAUGUCCCACAGAAUCCGGUUGCAAAUAAUCAGUCAGGACCGGCCAAACCCAGUACAAAAUUGUCGUCUAAUAGAAUAUAUUUCCCCGACUCUCAUAUUGAGGCCCCACAAAAGUCCACGGCCGUAACUACCGUCAAUACCACUACRGUAACGUCUACAUACAUAAACACCACCACGACGCCUACGAAGGAAACGGCCACCGCGAUGACAUCAAUUGAGGUAACGGUUGCCACAAUCGGUAACAUAGAAACGACAACUGAAAACCAGACGGAUGAAAAUGGAUCUUUGAUCAAUAGAUUUAUCGUUAAACCCAUAAGAAACGAUGGCCCAAGCCGUAAUCUGUGUCCCAAGGGAUACGUUAUGCUGCCUAACGGAGAUUGCAAACCAAUAUUUUCAGACAGYUAAGAUUGAUGCGGUGUCAACGUCAACGASAUUCAAGCUUAGAAUAAUUUACAGAGUAAUUUACUAAGUAUUUAACCUAGCCCUUUUUUAAUUCAAUGACGCAGUUAUUCAAAAUCUGAUUUUUAGAAUUUUAUUUACACUCAAAGACUAUUUUUUCAAAUUCUUUGGAUUUUUUUGUAUUACCUACUUAAGAAGUGUCAUGUAGAGAUACAAAAUUCUGCUUUUAAAAUGAGAACCUCUCACUAAUAGCUUAUAAUUUUAUUUUUCUGAACAUUUUGAUUCACUUACUUCAAAUAUAAUUUUUACAGUUUUGAAUAAAAAUUUGAACGAGUUUUUAAUGUUGAGAAAUUUAACUUGUAUACUUAUAUUUUUUAUUUACUAUUUAUAAAGUUUUCCUGACAAAGUCAUCUAAUCUUAGGUAUAAUGUACGAAAUUUUUAGCUAUUUAUAAAAACAAUAUCAACAUAAUAUGUAGUAAAUAACUAGGUUAACAAAUUAGUGAUACAUUAAUAGAUUUAAGGUAGUGUUACAAGCAAUGGACGAUCUACUUGUAUACUAAGGAUAAUAGGAGUAGAAGAUAUGGAGACUAUGGUAGUUUUAACAUUUUAGUGGUAAUUUGUAAAAAAUGGUCAAAGUAUAUUAAAUACUUAGAUCCUGA